CCAGUCAUUUUGCAAAAGCUAUAGCACAAUGGAAUAUAAUUUUUAGACCAGUUGAAACUCUAUUGGAGUAGAUUUAUAGGGGAGAGGUGAGACCAUGAAUGGAUGUAAUUACAAGGAUAUAGUUUACCAUGAAGUACAGUUCUGGGAGACUUGCUAUCAGAAUUGCAUCAUGUUUUACUGUGUUUUCGGCUGAUAUCUGAUGUCUACUCCUGCGUGAAUAAUUGGGAUGGCUCCAAAGACAAUAGGCAUAAAGCAUCCAUCAAAAGGUGCACAAGCCUUGUACUGAACCUCCAUCCAAGUAUUCUGGCAAUGAGUUCUGGUUUCCCCAACUCAUACCUAAAAUAAAUCAGACCAUGCUUAAAAUGGAUUGACUUGCAUGGUUCGACUAUUUGUGAGCAGUUAAGUUCCCCAAUGGAGCUUUUUAUUUUAAAGCAUUAUUACCGACAUAUGUGGGUGUGGGCUGCUUGCCAUUUUAGUUACAGAAAGGGAAGUGGGACUUUACACUGUUAUCCUGAAAUAGAACCUCGCCAGAAAUGGAGGUACGGUGAUAAUACCUCUCAACUGAACUCGACAGAAAAAGAAUGAGGAUUGAAAAAGGAUUGCAUCAAUGUUUUUUUCAAGUUCAGCCUGUUCUAUGAGGGAAGAUAAGCACAAUGUAAUUCUCAGUUAUAGGUCUAUCGAUUUCAACUUUUAAUGAUGUGACACAUCUAAUAUGCAUGAGAGCCAUUGGUGUGCAUACUUGAUCUCCUUCCUCUGAAGCAAGGUGUCACACCCUCCAUCUUUCCUAUCAAUAAUUCACAGUUAAGUGAUUUUUAAAAAACUGAAACGGUGUGCAAAUGCAUCGUUGAAAACCGAGUGCAGCCAAGUGUAAAAGGAGCUGUUGCAAGUAACGCUGCACCUUCAAUGCCUCGUGUCGGCGGUUUAAGAACUGUGGCGACGAGCGCAGUCCAGUGUCUGCACAACAAACUGGUUCGCGAAUGAAGAUUUUCGAUUGGCCUGUUCCCGUACAAGCAAUCGACGCGACCGAUUUCUGAAGGGAACAAUGAAGCAUCAGAAGCGCCGGGGCGUUCGACGUUGAUCAUAUCGAGCAACGAGUCGACUGCUGCUAACGCUUCGCACAUAUAAGUACAGUCUCAGCACCCUGCACAGCGCCUCGCACCACUACACCACGGAUGGUGAGGCCAGGAUAUUACAGUUUAUUGGGAAACUUGCAGCAUGUAGUUAAAGUCUUAUCAGCACCGCGGAUAGCAACACACCAACAGGAACUCCUAUUUUCAGCACCGCGGCUAGCAGCAUAAGCGUCGAGCUGCUGCCUUGGCACUGUGGGUAGCAGCAGCGCGGCAGCGCCCCUGCUUUCAGCACCGCGGUUAGCGACACAACACGCUUCGCUCCUGCUGUCAGCAACGAGGCGACGGUUUCACUGUUCAGCACCUUGGACAAUAACACCGCGGCGAGCGAUCCUGCUUCCGGCUUUGUAGACAACACAAUAGUUCCCUUGCAGAACUGAAUUGGUAAUUCGAUCACCAACAUGCACAACAACGGCGACGGUUUGCCCUCCGCUCGGGAGAGCUGUACAAAUGGCUGCGCUCAGCAAAUGCUCUCUGCAGCCCCGCAGAGGAAGGAAAGUGGCGCGGAAUACACCACCGAAGGGGACCCCAAGCAAAUGGAACCACUCGUGGUAAAAAAGGCCAACCGGGAAAUACUAGACCACGAACGGAAAAGAAGGGUCGAACUCAAAUGCAUGGAGCUUCAGGAGAUGAUGGAGGAACAGGGGUACACCCAGGAAGAAAUUCGGCAGAAGGUUGGGACCUUCCGACAAAUGUUGAUGGAGAAGGAAGGGGUAUUAACUAAGGAGAACCCACAGGAACGUCAUGUUAAGAAAAGGAAAUCAAGCAGUUCUCCCUCACCACCACCCAAGAAGAAGAAGAAGAAGAAAUCGGGGCACUACAAAAUCCGCUGCGAAAGUUCUUCAUCAUCACGGAAAGAGAGAAAAAAGAAGAGUGGGAAGAAACACAAGAGAGACAGGUCUACAAGCCCUAAAACCAAACGCAAAGACAGAAGCAAACAAAGAAGGCGGUCACCCAGUGAGUCACCACCACGGAAAGCGCACAAAGCACGAAGCUGUUGCAGCUCCCGCAGUGUGUCUGCAUCGUCCAUACGCAGCUCCUCCAAAUCUCUAAGCAGUUCCCACAGCCCAUCUUCAGAGCGUAGAACAUCACAUUCCAAAAGCAAACGCAGUGCUAUUUCCAGGCAGCCCAAGAAUGACACAAACGAACCCAGUCAAUCUCCUCUGCAAGGCCGACGCAACAGAUCAGUGACUCCCAGAGAGAAUGGACACAAGGGUCCUUCGUGGAGUGACAGACACAGUCCAAGACACAGACAUCCACCAAACAGAUCACAGGAUAGCACGGACUCCAGGUCAUUGUCCCCAGGAGCAGAGCCCAGGUCUGCAUCAAAGUCGCCAAAGGCAAAGGAAGGCAAACACUCGAAGCAUAACUCCAGGAGUUUCAGGUCCAAAUCCCCCGGCCACAGCAGGAGGUCCUCCGCUGAGGGAAGAAACGCAAAGCCCAGGUCAAGAUCAGCAUCCACUCACAGAGGCUCAAGCCGACGGAAGUCGAUCCUGCCGGCUCACAAAGUAUCUUCUCGCUCUCCAAGUCAAUCGGACUUUAGCAGUGACUCUGCGGGAAGUGUCGGCAGUCGGUCGCGAUCGCGUCAUACGUCAGGCCGGAGUAAAAGCACACGAGCAAAGAAGUUAAGGCAUGCUUCAAGUCGUCACCAUCGAAGGCAUUACACGAGCAGGAACAAGAGCCGCACCCGGUCUCCAAGGAAGCACGAACAACCCAGCAGCCACAACUCGGACAAGAAGAAAAGCUCUUCCUACAGCCCCCGGCGCAAGAGCAGCUCCAGGAGCUCCAGUAGGUCCGUGUCCCGCUCAUGCUCCCGAUCGCACGAUAAGAGAGAUGGACGGAGCAAAUCACGGUCACUACUUCGGAAGGAGCAGUCCAGAGAAAGAGAUAAUGACAUAGGACCACGGCACCAUGACUCUGAAGCAGAGAGACAUCGCCGCCGAUCAAGAAGUUAUUCGCCGAUCAGGAAACGAAGGAGGGAUUCGCCCAGCUUCAUGGAGCCCCGUCGGAUUACAAGUGCACGUAAGCGGCCAAUCCCAUACUACAGGCCCAGCCCAUCGUCACCCAGCUCCCUCAGCAGUUACUCUUCCUACAGCAGGAGUCAAAGCCGUAGCUACGAUAGCUACAGCUCGUACAGUCGGAGCAGGAGCAGGAGCAGGAGCCGGAGCCGGACUCGCAGCCGGACAGCCAGCUACGACAGUCGUACCAGCUCAGAAAGCGCAGGCUUCUAGGAUUGGAUAUUAAAAUGUGCACAAAUAAAACUGAGAGUUACAAAAGUAAGUAUCAUCAAUGGACUCGUUUUCAAAAGAUGGGAACUGAAGAGAAACUGCAAGCUUCAGUAAACCCAGUAGGUCAGUGCAACCAGAUUUAUAUUAUAACAAGUAUAUAUUUAUAUCAAGACAGCCUUGAUGAAUUCUUGGCCCAGGCUCACACAACUUUCAGCACUGAUAAAAAUGAAGUACAUAACAGUUUUGCAGUCUUCAAACUCUCUCCAUCCUAUGUUUCUCUGGUCACCAUCAUUCAGGAGAUUCAAACUAUUUGCCUGGUGCUGGGAUUUAAGUGAAUACGUUUUUUGUAGAAAAAAAAACUUUAAUUAUAAACCUCUGCAAAUGAAUUCUUCCAUGAAGUUAUCUGAACCAAAAGUCAGCAACUUCCACCAAAUAUUAAACAUGCAGCUAUUUAAAAAAAACAAUUAUUUUCUGGUUGACUGGAAUUUUCAUUGAACAAAUCGUCAGGAGUUUCCAUGCUUAUAUUUUUGAAGAACCUCUGGAUGAAAUACUUCAGAUGAACAAGUGGACAAGUGAGCAUGGAAGUUCUCUACUUGGUCUUAUUCGGUAAAUGCCAGCUACAAGAGUAGUCUAUCAAAUUCCUCCUACUGACCUUGUACCAAUGGGAAGGAAACUAGGAUUAAGUCACUGGUUGCAAAAAUGGAAAACUAUGCACUGUAAAUAUAGUAUAAUUAGCAAAUGUGGGUUGGGGGG